AUGGGCGAUUGGCAGUUGGCAAGAACACUGUGCUUGCUCUACUACCGCUACUACGGCGCCAACGCCACCGCCAGCCCUCCCAUACGCCCCAAGACCGUCGAAGCAAAGCAAUGGGAUCUGACCACCACGGACGCUCUCGGUAGAACCAUCUCUGCGUCUUCGACUUCUGCCUCAACAGGCGCGCGCACCCUCUCAGGCCACAACAUGGACAUAACGCGCGGCUCCAUGUCCAGCAGCUCCACCCAGAGUACCAGAGACGACACGGGCGUCCCUUCUACCGAACCUUUCAUUCUGCGCCAUGGCCGCCGAUACAUUCGAAGCGCGCAGAGCUACCCCCUCCCGUGCGACCUGCCCGAGCUCCACCGCCAGAACCUACAUACCCUCCUUGCGACAGCUGUCUUCGGCAAAGCCAUGGGCUCCACCCCCUCAUACCCACCGAAGAAAGUGCUGGAGGUUGCGUGUGGCUCCGGAUACUGGUCGGCUGUGUGCCAUGAAUGGCUGAGUGAACAGGGUUACGAUGAUGUUUCCUUUACCGGUCUAGACAUUGUCAAUCUGGCUGGAGAUUUGCAGCGCCAGGGCAUCGACUGGAAGUUCGUGCAGCAUGAUCUGCGCAAGUUGCCGCUGCCGUUCGAUGAUGAGGAGUUCGAUGUCGUCGUGAUGAAGGACCUGAGUAUGGUGAUACCUGAUGGGCAGCCCUCGCAGAGGACACUCGAUGAAUGCACUCGGAUCCUAAAGUCUGGGGGCACGUUGGAAAUAUGGGACACAGACCACAUUAUCCGAUCGAUCCUCCCGCAUCCACCACCACCACCAGGCAAGAAUCCUCAAGAGUACGCGUGCGCUGUCUCAACUGGGACGUUCCUCAUUUCGCACACCACACCCUUUACCGAUGUGCAGAACAAAUAUCUCCAAGACUCCAACUCGUGGAUCCAAGAAGCGCUGGACCGACGCAAGCUCACGGCAACUCCUUGCUCUCGUAUAUCGCAAAUCCUGCUUCAAGAGCCGGACACUCUAUGCGAGGUGGAAAACCGGCGGGUAGCGAUUCUUCUCGGUGAACCACGGUGGGAGCGCGAAGCUGCGGGCGAGACGAUAAAGCGGCGUGGAAGCGAGGCGGGGAAGCUCAAGAAGGGAAGCGCAACCCUGGAGAGCUCCAUUCUGACCAAGGAGCAGGCAGCGCUGAGACACACGGCAUUGCUUGUCGUCAUACAGUUGAUUGAAAGUCUCGAGCCUCUACUCAAAGAAGUCAGCGGAAAGAACCAAGAGGAAUGGCAGCGUUAUUGGAACUCCAUGAUCAACGACCUGCUUGAGCAGAAAGGUGCCUCGAGCGGUGAGUGUCUCGAGCUCGGCAUAUGGUGGGCCAAGAAGGCGUAA